CGCUAGAGGGCUUGUACCAAAUGCAGCCUUCAUGUGACCGAAUGAUAAGUGGUUGUUUACGAUAAUUUUGCCAUUAGUUUGUUCAAAACUUUUGACAAUGUGUCGUAUUCAAAGCGUCUACACUUUGGUGUUUUUGUACAUUCAGAGUGGAACGUGUCAAGAAUGGGCCUGGAUAGGGGGAGAUAAUUCUGUUGGAACACUGUCAUCAUCAAGUGGCCCAGGUGCUCGCAGUGGCAGCAGUGUUUGGACAGAUGAAGAUGGCAACACAUGGUUGUUUGGAGGCAAGGGUUUCUCUGAUAUCAGUGAUGGCAAACCCAAACUCCUCAAUGACCUAUGGUACUUCAACAUGCAAGAUAGAAAAUGGAACCUAGUCCAUUCAGGAACUGUUAGUAAAGCUGCCUCUGACAGCAAGGCUCCGUCGCCAAGGCAACAAGCAGCUGCAUGUGGUUUUACAAAAAUAACAAUGGUUGUGUUUGGAGGUCUUGAUAAUGAUGACAAUGGAAUUGGAGAUACUUGGGUGUAUUACAUGCAAAAGAAGAAAUGGCUGCCGUUAUCUGAUAUUUAUAACUACACUUCAAAAUCUUAUAAUUCUUCCCUGGAAAUGCCCCUAGGGCGGGGCGACAUGGCAUCAUGGUGCAUGCUGGAUAGUAUGUAUGUGUUUGGAGGAAUGGAUAACAGUAAAAAGAUUUUCAAUGACCUUUGGAAAUUUUCUCUCAGAGAUUUAAGAUGGUCAGAAGUUAUUUCUCCCGACAAGCCAUCAAGUCCAAAUACUAAGCCUGAUAGUUACCCUCAGGGCCGAAAUGGGCCGACGACAUGGAAGGGCAAAGGUAAUACCCUUUUUAUGUUUGGUGGAAACAUAUUAGGUACUAAUAUACGUAGUCGGCAUUUGAAUAUGGGGUAUACAUCAGAUAUGUGGAGAUACCUUGUUCACAAUAACACAUGGGAAUUUUUAAGUGGGUACAGAUCAAGUUGCCAUCCUGCAGUGUAUGGGAGGAAGCAUGAAUACUCCUUAGACAACCACCCAGGGUGUAGACGGCGAGGAUCAGCAUGGACAGACACGGCAGGGCGCCUGUGGUUGUAUGGAGGGGAUGGGACGGAUAAGGCCUACCCAUCCGUUUUCCAUUCAUCCAAGCUUCUCUCCGAUCUCUGGAUAUACAGUCCAAGAGGAAAGGUAUGGGUCUGGUAUGGAGGAAGUAACGAAGGAGACACAGAACCAAAGUACUUCUGGAAGAACCAUCCUCGUGGGGAUGCUCUGCCUGGGGGGAGAUACGAACCAAUGUUCUGGACCGGAGCAGAGAACACCUUCUACCUGUUUGGGGGCCUUGGCCAUGAUGGACACAAUCACGAUGGCUACUUGAACGACCUGUGGAUGGUGGAUUUGAAUUACCUGGUGCAGAGUAAGGGAGUUCCUGCAGGUGCUCUCAUACUGUAUCUGCUGAUGGCGAUUGCUCUUGUUCUCACUAUGGCUGGGAUCUUCCUGUACGCACGAGACAGGCGAGGACCUUCUAUUUGGAGUCGUCUUGAUAAUAGUGUCAAGUACAGCCAGCUGAGAACAACAGGAGAUUAGAUUUGAUUUUGAAUUCUCUUGUAAAAUGAAAAUUAAUUCUAGCUUUUUGAGUAUAAUUAUGGGAUAUUAUAUGUGGUUCGCCUCGUCACAAGGAUAAACAGUGAUAAGUAAGGCUAAAAUGUUUGCUGCAGGGAUUUUUCUAGACCUGCUCAGAGGCCGACAUUCGGCCCCAAAUCUGCAACAAAUGUCGGUACAAACUUGCAAUUUAAAAUUAAAAUUUCCAAUUUCCUCAGAGUUUAUGAACCGUGAAAUAAUCCAAUUUUGAACAAAAUCCCACACAUUUUCCCAAUAAGCCUGCCACGGGCACUUAGUUUGCAAUCCUUAACAAAUCCUUUGUGUUGGUAGGCACCAUAACAUCAGAUUGGAAAUCAGGACGUAAAAGGACGUAGAUGUGAAACUUCUAUUGUCACCAUUUUUCAAGUCACUGUUCCAACCAAGCAAACUGAAUCUUAUUUGUUAUUAUAUGAAGGAUAAUAUUGAUAAUAAUUAGGAAUCCACAGAGAAACUUGCAAAAUGAUACAAAUAUGAAAGACAUGUAUUAACUUAAGUCCUGUGUGAUAUGGACAUAUGACGAGUAUACUAAGCUGUCAAACCAAAAAUACUCAAUAAUCAGUAUAAAUCAUGCAUUCAAAAGACUUUAAAGUAAAAUGAUGGCUUUCCAAAUGUAUAAAUUUGCACAAAUCCUUAAAACGUGUGUUUAGCAACAAAAAAUUCUCACUGAGAUGAACGUACAAGCCUGUGGCCUCUAGGAUUUCCUGCGUUUUUUUGUAUGAAAAUCAAAGAGUUUUGCCUUGAAACCUUCAGGUACUUUUCUGUUUCUGUUACUGGUAACCCUGAUAAGAUUUCUAGGAUCAGCUCAGUGGAAGCGUGUUAUCCUUACGGAUAUUUGUAGCUUGCUUUUUAUAAAUAUCUUUAUCAAUUCUGAAACCUUACGUAGCAUUCACAUACUACACUGAACAUACUGAAGAACAGGGAUGAAAGAAAAGCACACUGUCUCCUCCGCUGUGGUAUUUUGCUGUAGUGCUAAGCAUUGCUUUAAUACUAUGUUCACUCAAUCACUGCUUUGGGUGAUCAGGGUAGAAGGUGGUGUCACUCAUCUGUGCAAUGAGAUGAUUGUUUGUAACCACGUUAUUAUUUGUGAGUGUGUGAUGCUGCAUAAUUAGCUGGCCAUGUUGACUAUGGUGUAAUCAUUAAGAAUCAUUAGCAAAUGACAAUACAUAGUGUAGUUGUUGUGUUUAUGUCUGUAUCUGAAUAUUUGUCUCUUUCGGAUAGGGGGCACGGGUGGCCAAGGCGUCGCGAUUUGCUGUGCAGAGUUGCGUCCCUUGGGCACGCCAGAAACCUAUGAUUGUGGGUUCGAAUCCCGGUUCGACCCGAUUAUGUUUCUAGGUUUGU